UCCGCGGGCAGGGGCCGGCGCCAUGGCUCCCGUGCUGAACCUCAACAACGAGGUUGUGAAGAUGAGAAAAGAUGUGAAGAAGGCCAGAGUCCUGACUAUUCGCAGACUAACCAGACACAUUGGGAAAUUAAAGUUGAAAAAGGGUUCAGAAGACUUGAAAUUAAAGAACCAAAAACGAGUUGAGAGAUUAAUAGAAGAAAUCCAUGCCAUGAAGGAAAUAAAGCCAGAUGAAGUUACCAGACUUGCUCUUAGGACAGAAGUUAAUUUUGAAAGUGUCUGCAGAAAGCCAAAUUGUACUGCAACUGAGCGAGCCAUUGCAAGACUUGCAACACACCCCAUCUUGAAACCCAGAUUUGUUGAACUUAAAGCUGCUGUAAAAGCUUUUAAGGAUGCAAGAAAGAACCCAGCCAAAGACAUUCCUUCAAAAAAGGCUAAGUCAGAAGAACAGCCUAAAUCAGCACAACAUUUCAAUAGCAAUUUGGAUGACCAAGCUCUUAAACUAGCUCAAAAACAGCAAGGAUGUGAACACAAAGCAAAAAUGAGCAUAAGAACAGAAACUAACAGGGUGGCUGAAAAACUUCAUGAGAGUGAAUCUGAACAGAAAACUGUGGAAAUGGAGAGAGCAUGUGCUCCAGAAGAAUCUUCAUUUCAGGCAGUAGAAAUGCAAGCAGUCACUCAGAAUAAAACAGGAAAGAAACUUGGCUAUCAAAAAAGGAAAGAAAAUAUGAGCAUAAACAAAUUAAAUGCAACAAAAGAAGUAAUUAAUGAUGAUUGUGACCAGGAUCAUCCUAAUGAAGAGUAUUUUGAUGAUAGUACUGAAGAGAGGUUUUAUAACCAGUCAUCAGAUUCUGACAGUGACAGCAAUGAUGAUUUCUUCAUUGGCAAAGUAAAAAGAAAGAAAAAGAUAGCAGCAGUUACUGAUCUUUCUUCAGCAAAAGAAAAGGAUAGACUUCAGAAAAACAUGGUGAAAAAAGAAAAGAACACAGUGCCUGGGACAGCACAAGAUCUGAUCAUGGAAGAAGGAAAACCACAUGCAAAAGCAAGCAAGAUAGAAUCAAUGUUCUGCAGUUCUUUGUCUACCUCUAAUCCGAAAUCUCAAAACAGAACAAGACAUACUAAAGACCAGCCUCUCAAAAAUGGAAGAACAGCUCUUCUUAAAAAGGAACCACAGCUCAAGAAGCAACCAUUUGCAAAAGCUGCAGGUAUUAAAUGCGACAAUAAGAAAGCAUAUUUGGAGCAGCCUCUUCAUCCGUCGUGGGAAGCAAGCAAGAGACGCCGGGAACAAAUGUCUCAAAUUACAGCAUUCCAAGGGAAAAAGAUUAUAUUUGAUGACUAGACUAUUUGUAAAUUGGUAUUUUAAAAAAAAAUUCUUGCAGAUUUGCAUCCCAUGGUAUUUUCUUACAAAGUAACAACUGCAGUUUGAACAUUUUUGUCAUACUGUCCUUAUCCUUGCAACCUAUAAAAUACCAACUGCUAGAACUUACCAUCUGUUAAUAAUGAAGAUUGCUUCAUUUAUUCAGUGUGCUGUCUGUUGAUUAAUGUAUGGUCAUAUGGUGUUGGUUCAAAGUCCCAUUAUGUAGUGCCACCAUUUAUUAAAUACACCCUAACGUGAAUGAAUGGUUUUUAGAAACAUUAUUUGUGCCCUGUAGGAAUAGUACAGAUUCUCUGGAGCUUUUUUUUUUGUGUAAAAAUGUACUUUACAGUAUAUGAGGACUUGGAUGUCAAAAGAGAGGGGAAAAUACAAAAUGUUGAGGUGAUAAUCCUAGGACUAUUUUAUCAAAUACAUCUCAACUGAGAAGAAGUAAGAGAUUCUUAAAACCUGAACAGACGUCACAAAUCCAUGAAUGUAUCAGGUAGCUGGAAAAGCCGAUCAGUAGUUGCAUGAUAUGAAAA